CACUUUAUCAUCUUGUCGUAAUCUUUAUUUCUCUUUGUAAUUCUACCAUGGAAUCUCCCAUUGUCUCAACCCCUGGAGUUGGAAUUGCCCAUCUUCCAAACCAGAAGCACAAGAUAUUCACCAAGCGAGGAGCUCAUUUCACCAUCAUGGUUUGUGGUGAAUCUGGACUUGGAAAGACUACGUUUAUCAACACACUUUUUACCACCUCGAUCAAAGACUACAAAAACCCAAAGAAGAGACAUGAGAAGCAAUUGGACCGCACUGUUGAAAUUGAGAUUACCAAGGCUGAGUUGGAAGAAAAGAUGUUCAAGGUCAAUCUUAGUGUGAUUGAUACACCUGGGUUCGGUGAUUAUGUCAACAACUAUGAUAGCUGGCUUCCCGUAGUAGAUUUCAUCGAUGAGCAACACGAGUGCUAUAUGCGUCAGGAACAGCAACCUACGCGAAGUGGAGCCACUGAUAUGCGCGUCCAUGCGUGUUUGUACUUUAUUCGACCUACAGGACAUAGUCUCAAACCUCUUGAAAUUGAGACAAUGAAACGUCUUGGCUCUCGUGUUAAUUUGAUUCCUGUCAUUGCCAAGGCAGAUACCCUGGCUCCAGAAAAUCUUGCCAAGUUCAAGAAAAACAUUAUGGAUGUCAUCGAAGCACAAAACAUUCAGAUCUACAAGUGCCCUGAAGAAAGCGAGGAUGAAGAUGCCACUACAAGAAACCAAACAAUUCUUUCGGCUAUGCCUUUCUCUGUUAUCGGAGCAACUGAAUUCGUAAAAACACCCGAUGGUCGUCUUGUCCGUGGACGUGCUUACACCUGGGGUAUUGCCGAAGUAGAGAACGACGUUCAUUGUGAUUUCAAAAAGUUGCGAAACUUGUUGAUUAGAUCGCAUAUGCUGGAUCUUAUUUCGACAACAGAAGAAAACCAUUAUGAAAACUACCGACAACAACAAAUGGCUACCCGUAAAUUUGGUGAACCAAAGGUCAAGAAAUAUGAGAACCCAAAGCAUCGCGAGAAAGAAGAUGAAUUGCGCAAGGUGUUUACUGAGCAGGUCCGAGAUGAAGAAACACGCUUCCGCCAAUGGGAACAACAGCUUAUCACCGAACGUGAUCGCCUUAACAAGGAUUUGGAGACACAACAUGCUCAAAUCAAGGCACUUGAGGCAGAACUUGAGCAGGUGUAUCAUCACCAGAGUAGCAGAGGAAAUACUAUCAGGAGGUAAUCAUUAAUUUAUAGACCCCUCGUUUAUCUCAAGCCCUUGCCCUUGCCCUUUAUCGCCGUGACCUUGCGUGAUAAGAGAUCAAAAAGAAAACAAAACAAAAAUUACCAUCCCCCUUUUUUUAUUCGUACCCCUAUCCCUCUAUUUUUUUAUGUUCUCUUUCCUCUUAUUGGAACCAGAAUUCACUGUCCAGGACACUGUAGUUUAAUCAUUCCGUAUCUCUUUAUUUCUAAUAAACCUCAAGUUAAUGAU